AUACUACUCGACUAUUCGAGUUAAACUGGAGGGAUUUUACGUUCAUAGACAUAUAUGUUUCGUUGAUCGCACAUCUAAUACGCUGGGAACGCAAAGAUAAGUUAUCUGUUGCCACGCAAACCUGCCCCUCUUCAUAAACAAGUUAUUCCUGAGUUUGAGCCUCUCAGUACUGCACCGCACGAUCAGGAACUCUUAAAAUGGAUUUAGAAGAUGACACCACAGUACUGACAACCUUGAAGUCCUUCAAUACCUUCAUUAGUCGCCCUGAACAUCCACAGCGGCUGUCAGAACACUCAGCAGGAAGUGGGAACCUGCAGACUCAAUACAAACGCAGCAUGGAGCUUUUAGAAGCAGCGGAGAGGGUUCAUUCUCAGAACCGCUACCUCAAGUUGGACCAGGAAAAGAGACAGAUGGAGCUGAGUCACAAACGAGCUCGAUUUGAACUAGAGAAGGCUGCUUCUCACAGUGCAAGGGACUUGGAGCACGAAGUGGACCAGAAUCAGGAACUUCGAGGAAGAAUAAAAAAGUUGGAGGAGAGAGAGACAGAAGCACAUAAAAACCUGUUGGAGCAGGUGGAGGCAAACCGUACUCUUCGUAAAAACCUAGAGGGUCUGAACAAGAAACUUGAAGAGCGAGACUUUAAACUGAAUACAACCAACCAGACCAUCAGUUCUUUGAAGGAUGAGAUCAGAGAGCUAAAGCAGAAGAUUCAAAACCAAGACUUAACAGUUUCCACUCAAACCUUGGAAAACCAGGAACUACAGGAACAGCUAGACUUGCAACGCAGGAAGUAUCAGGAAGUCUCUCAACUGUCCCAGAGUCUCCAAGCUGCCCAAUCCUCCUGCUCAGAGCACAUAAUCAAGAUUAAGGAGUUGGAGAGGUGUCUUGCCCUCCAGGAGCAAGACAUGGCUAUUGUGAAGACUGUCAAAUCAGAAGUGGCCAAAGUCCCAGAUCUGGAAAAGGAGCUUAAGCGCCUCAGAGAAGAAAAUGCCUUUUUCAGGGAGAGUAGAGAGAAUUGCAGCCUGCUGAAAGAAGAGGUGGAAGCACUACGAAAGAAGAUUGAAAGGAUGGAGAAAGUCAAAGAAGAGUUGGUCAAUAUGGAGCUGGAGAAAGAGAGACUGGCUGAGAAACUUCAAGCCUGGGAAAACCUUGGACAAUCUACUGGACUUAACAUAAGGAAACCAGAGGAUCUGUCCAGGGAGGUGAUUCAGAUCCAGCAGAGAGAAAUCGCUCUGAAAGAACAGAACUACACACUCAACAGCCGUGUGAGGAGUGUGGAGCGUUCACAGUCUGAGCUUCAAGCAGAACUGACCCAGCAGUGCAGCAAGGCUCUGGAGGAGCAGAAGAGGAGAGAGGCACAGGAUUCUCUUGUCCGGCGACUACAGAAGCGAGUGCUGUUGUUAACCAAGGAGCGGGAUGGAAUGCGUGCUAUACUAGAGUCUUAUGACAGCGAGUUGGCAUCUACUGAGUACUCUCCUCAACUCAACAAGCGACUCAGAGAGGCAGAGGAAGUACUCCAGAGGACACAAAACCACAAUACAGAGAUGGAGGCCCAGCUGACCAAAGCACAAGAGGAAACAGGGGUACUCAAACUACAGCUACAAACAGUGGAGCUGGAGCUGGAGACUCUGAAAAAGCAGCAGGCUUCUGCUUCUGACAGCAGCUCUUUAGUGACCAAAGAGGAGAUCAACAUACUCAGACAGAAAAUUGAAGAUUUAGAGACAGAACGACAACGAUUGGAGGAGCAGAACAACAUUCUGGAGAUGAGACUGGAGAGACACAACCUGCAGGGAGACUAUGAUCCAGUUAAGACCCAAGUUCUCCACUUUAAAAUGAACCCCACCUCUGUUGCCAAGCAACAGCGCCAGCAGGAACUGGAGACUCUUCGAGUGGAAGUGACACGUCUUAGGGAACUUGUGCGUUCCCUGCAGGAUGGAGGAGCACUGACUCAUUCACAAGAUGAUUCUGGCAUGUACAAUCCUGGCCUCAGCCUCGCUUUACCACCAUCAAAGGAGGUGCUGGAUUUACGUAAGCAGAUGGAAAGCUCAGAACUGAGGAACCAGAGGCUGAAAGAGGUGUUUCAGAGAAAGAUUCAAGAGUUCCGCACCGUGUGCUACGUCCUGACUGGCUACCAGAUAGAUAUGACUACUGAGAACCAAUACAGGCUCACCUCAGUCUAUGCAGAGCACAUGGAUGACUCCUUGCUCUUCAAAAAGGGCUCCAAUGGAAACAUGCAGCUAAUGGAAACCGAGUUUUCCAAAUCUUUGGGAGAGAUGGUGGCUCUUCAUCUGCAUCACCAGAAGAGCAUCCCAGUCUUCCUCUCUGCCGUGACCCUCGACCUCUUCGGCAGACAGACCACGGUCUAAAGUUCAGAUGUAAAGAUUUAACAUGACAUUACUUCCUUUUUAUUUUUCUAGACAUCCCAGUGUUUCUUAACAGCCCUGACGUAGAGAUAGUGUGCUGAUUGCUGUUUUUUUUUUUUUUUUUUGGAGGAUGAAAGGAUUUGGAUGAAAUUCUUGUGAUUAUAUUCAAAGGGCUAAGAAAGCAUCCAUGUACCUGUGUUUAUCAUCUAAACAUUAAAUCAAUAACACCUUGAACUACCACUGUUUGGAGCAGAAGUGUUGGUAUGUUUUUCUUUUUCGGCCUGUAGAAAUAUAUCUCCUGGAGCUUCAUUUGAAAGGCUUUCAUGCAGAUGUUUUGGAGUAUAACCAAGCCAAUUACAUAAUAAUUCUAAAGAAAUACACUUUUUAAAAAAAAGAAAGAAAGAAAAUAAAA